AUGGGUAAAACUUACUCAAUGGAAAAGAAGGAAGAGGAAGUCAUAAUCGCUCAGAAUGGAGCCAACCAAGGUUCAACGACCCACAUGGAAUUCAAGCUGGAAGUUCUAGGCAUCAUGGUCACCGUCAUGUUGUUCAUAAUCUUCAUAGCGUGUGCGGUGGCAGUGUAUAAAGUGUGUGUAUACAAAACUAAACGUAUGUUACGUCGAGAAUUAAUGUGCGCGUCGCAAAAUGUUAGCGCGAGUGUUACACAACAACAGGCGUAUAGGCCUAACGGUUGCGGAGUUUAG